GGUGUAAGUGAGACAGAGGAACAGAUGACAGUAGGGGGAACAGAGCUGUGAGAUCUACAGGACCGUUACCGUCCUCUGUCUGUAUAGUUCCAUUACAGGUCUGUAUAGUUCAGUUACAGGUCUGGACUGCAGGAAUGGCACUGGCUCCACGACUGCCCCGGGGGUGGGAGGAGCGGUGGCAGAGAGAGAAGGAGCAGCGGAGGAGAGCGAUGGAAGAGGGAGGAGAGAAGCUGGAGGAGGCAAACAGGAAGCUGAAGUGGAUUGUGGAGUUCAACAAUCGCAGGAUGGGAGCGAAGGGGAGGAGCCAGGAGGAGGGGGAGGAGCAGAGUGAGGAGGAGGAGGUGCAGAUGCACUGCAGACACACACACCCCAGAGAGCUGUUCCACGCCCUGGAGGAGCUGAGGGCAUCAGCACUCCUCACAGACCUGACGCUGUGCACUGUGGACGGGGCCAGCAUCCACACACACUCUGCCAUCAUGGCUGCCACCUGCAGCGUGCUCCACCAACACCUGCAGAGCGGGGGGGCGGGGUGCUGGGAGGCCUCCGUCCUGCUGAGUGCGGAGGUGCAGCGUGUGGGGCUGGCCAGCGUGGUGGAGUUUGCCUACACUGGGGCCAUCGCUGGGCUGAACCGGGACACUGUGGCCCAGAUUCGGGCGGCGGCUCUCGUCCUGGGAGCCAGCAGAGUGCUGGAGCUCUGCACCGAGGAGGAGGGGAGAGGGGCCAGGGCGGAGGAGUGCAGGAUCUCCGCGGAGACGCAGAUGGAGCUCGCUCUGAGCGCCGUCAGGCAGCUGUGGUUGGAGCGGCUUGGGUGUGACGUGGAGCUGGAGGUGGAGGGCAGACGUUUCCCAGUGCACAGGCCCAUCCUGGCCGCCUGCAGCGACUACUUCCGUGGCAUGUUCUGCAGCGGCAUGCGGGAGAGCGCGCAGCGCGUGGUGACGCUGCUGUUGCUGGGGGGCGAGGAGCUGGAGGCCCUGCUGCACUGCUGCUACAGUGGGACCCUGGGCCUGGGCUGGGGUGGGGUUUUCGAGCUCACCUGCUCCGCCCUGCAACUGCAGGUCCAGCCCGCCCUGUCACUGUGCCUGCGCUUCCUGCGCGGCCGCAUGGACGCGCGCUCCUGUCUGGACGUGGCGGCCUUCGCCGAGGCCUACGGCCUGCCGGACCUGCGGGAGCUGGCCAAGGACUUCCUCCUUAUCAACUUCCAGGAGGUGGCUGCCACGCCCAAGUUCCUGGACCUGCCUGGUGAGCGGCUGCUGGAGGUGAUUGGCUGCGACGGGCUGUGUGCCGCGUCCGAGCUGCCCGUGUUCCGCGCCGUGGUGGCCUGGCUGGAGGCGGAGCCGGAGGAGCGUCUGCGCUGGGCCCCACCCCUCAUGGCGGCCGUGCGCUUCCCCCUCAUGACCUUCCGGGAGUUUUGCGAGGUGCGGGCGGUCAACCUGGGCAUGGAGGUGAGCGGCGCAGGGGAGGUGCAGCUGUACGGCUCUGCCCUGUCGCAGUUCGGCUUCCCCGUGUCCGACGGCCGGGACCCCUGCAGAGUCCGCCACCCCAAAGACGCCCUGAUCCUGGUGGGGGGCGACCGGCUGGACCCCGACCUCGGCCGCCGCCCCAGCCGGCAGCUGUGGUUCGCUCACGCCCUGCGGACUCGCACCGGGCUGGUGAAGGAGGUGGAGUGGAGGCUGCUGGGGGAGAUGCCAGAGCCGGCCCGGUUCAGGCACGGGCUGGGGGUGCUGCGGGGGCAGCUGUAUGUGAUCGGGGGGUGCCACUUCUAUGCCAAGUCAGACACCCUGAAAUCUGCCUACAGGUAUGACCCCCUGAAGGGCAGCUGGCACAGGCUGGCAGACCUGAGGGAGCACAGGAGCAACUUCUCCCUGGUGGUGAGGGAGGGGCUCCUGUACGCCAUCGGGGGAGACAGAGAUAUCAACAACAAUGUGGACAGUGUGGAGUGCUACUGCCCUGACACAGACUGCUGGAGCCUCGCCCGACCCCUGGACCAGCCCCUGAGCGGGCAGGCCGCGGUGGUGUGGGAGGGGGAGAUCUUCGUCUCGGGGGGGUUUAACUGCAGGUACGAGUGCCUGGUGUCCAUGUUCCUGUACCACCCGGAGCGAGGCAGCACCCUGCUGAGCGCCAUGGCGGGUGACCGCGCCCUGCACUGCAUGGAGAGCCUCGCGGGGCGUCUCUACGUGGCCGGAGGCGUCUGCAACCUGCGGAAGUACUACACCGACCAGCUGGCGUGCGAGGCGUACGACCCGCGCAGCGACGCCUGGAGCAGCCUGGAGCCCCUCCCCCUGCCACACGUCAGCGCCGCCUCCGCCGUGCUGGAGGGCAGGCUGUAUGUUUUGGGAGGGUACUGCAUGGAGGACUCCAGUGACACCGAGCUGCUGCACAGAUACCACCCCCUGUCCCAGCGCUGGGAAAACACAGGCAGGAUGCCCGGACCCAACACUGACAUACGCGCCUGUCUGUGCCGGCUCCCCGCACACCUGCGACAGUGAGAUACACACACUCACACGCUCACACAGCGCUGCUCAGAGCCCCAUCAACACACACUCACACACA